AUGAAAAGCCAACAACAGGAAACUGCUAGUGAAACCAUUAACAAACCAAUUAAAAGAAAGAAAGGUGUAAAAAGAAAAGAUACUCCAGAAGAGAAAAAGGCAAAAAGUGAUGCAAAAAGAGCUAGAAAUGUUGUCCCAAAUAUAUCGAGUCUAGUAUUUCAAAAUUUCCAAUCACAAUAUCCACUUAUUCCCCGCCUCGUCGAAGUAUGGGAUGAGCUUAACGGUGUUGAAGGCGUCAACUUGACAGUUGAUAAAGGAAAUUUAAUUCUUUACGGCCAAGUGGUUUCAUCCGCUUGUGAGUCUAUAGCUACUUGUUAUAACAACUAUUAUAUAGAGAACUUUGAAAAUAUUAUUGCAAACUAUUUUAUAUACAUGAUUCGUCAAGCAUUUCAUAAACGGUUCACAGAUCACGAUAACUGUGUGAUUGCGGAGAAUGAGUUCCCGUAUAGACGAUAUUCGGGGGACAAGAUAUAG